CACGUCGAGAUCCAGAUGGCAAGCACGCGGCAGCGUCGGCUGGCCCUGAACGACAUCAAGCACGCGCGGCCGGCCGAUGGCCCCAUCAUCCGCGACCCCAAUGACAUGGCCGACGCGACCCGCUCGCACUGGGAAACUGCCUUCGCGGAG